CUAUCUAUCUAUCUCAUUCUCUCUCUCUCUCUCUCUCUCCCCACACACACACAAAAACGCUCUCUUUCCUCUCUCUCUCUCUCUCUCUCUCUCUCUCUCUCUCUCUCUUAUGUUCCACCUUCAUUUGAUAUUUCACUUCAGGUCAAAGUACAUCUGGAUUUGAUGAAGCCCAAAAAGCAUUUGUCACCAUGA